AUGUCAGGUCUGUAUAAUCCCAACUUUUCACCUGCAAGAGCUGUUUCUCCACAGAUUAGAAAUACCCCAGAUAUCGACAGUGGUCAGUACUUGUCGGAGCUCUUGGCUGAGCAUCAAAAGCUUGGACCUUUCGUGCAAGUUCUUCCAAUAUGCAGCAGACUCUUGAAUCAAGAGAUUUUACGGGUUUCUGGAAUGAUGCCAAACCAAGGUUUUGGUGAACUUGAUAGACUGCGGCACAGGAGCCCCAGUCCGAUGGCAUCUUCAAACCUUAUGUCUAAUGUUGCUGGAACAGGAUUAGGUGGCUGGAAUGGACUUCCUCAGGAGGAUUCCUAUGGUUCCUUCUACUGCUCUUUUGGUGACGACAUCCUCGGAUUCUUUUUCGAUGAGAUCAACCGGAUAGGCGAGGUGAAAAACUCUGGUGCACCCUUCAAUGGCUGCAGUGAAACUGUUGGUUCAUCAAGGUUUGCAUUGAAAAUAUGGAGCUUUUCUGAUGCUCCUGGUAGGAUUGUUAGGUACUGA